AUGAACUCCAUUCAAUUGCUCGCCGCAGUCUUCGCGCUUGGCCUGGUUCAGCUGGCCAGCGGACAGAUUGUCUCGCCCGGACAAUGUCAGGACUAUCCGGUGCACGUGAACUUUGACGUGGCCCGGUAUCUGGGCCUGUGGUAUGAGAUCCGUCGUUACGAGCAGGUGUUCCAGCUUGGCGGUGAAUGCGUUACGGCCGAGUACUCGCUGAACGAUGACGGUAGUGUGCUGGUGUUCAACUCGAUGGUGGUGCCACCGGCACAGGCCCGAUCGGCCGACACUGGCCGUGCCGUGAUUGCCUUCCCCGAUGAGUCGCCGCUGGAGGCUAAGCUGAACGUUACGUUCGAUGCGGCUGCCGUCGAUGUAUCGGCCAACUACUGGGUGCUUGGUACGGACUACGACAACUAUGCCGUCGUUUGGGGCUGCUUCGGAGUGGGCACUACUCUGCGUGCCGAAAGUGCCUGGGUGCUGUCCCGUACGCCCCAGCUAUCUGCCCAGGCUGAGGCCGCGGUACAGCAGUACGUCCGUGAGUUCCUGAGCGAAGCCGAUCUUCGUCCCACCAUUCAGAACGCACAGUUUGAAGCUGUGAACCCGAGACAAAUGAUUGCCCGUGUGGUCGCGAUUGUGGUGGUUGGGUUUGUGGCCUGUGUUGCCGGGCUGCUGACGGAUGAGGCCUGUCCGCAGGAUGUGACGGCGAUGAAAGACUUCGCGCUGAACGAUUACACGGGCCGUUGGUUCGAAAUCAAGCGUUACGAGCAGUUCUACGAGAAGGAUCUGGAUUGUGUCGUGGCCGAAUAUCAGAAGACGGCCGACGGUAGCAUUUCGGUGAAGAAUGGUGCAUUCAGUCUGAGCAACAACACACGAGUGGUUGCCGAUGGUACGGGGGUAGUAUCGUUUCCGGAUGACGAGACUCGUCCUGCUAAGCUUAGUGUGGCCUUCUUCGGAGCAAAGCCGGUACGAAGCAACUACUGGGUGCUGGACACUGACUACACCUCUUUCGCCGUCGUGUGGUCCUGUGAGCCGUUCUUCAAGGAUCCUUCCAAGAAUGUCCUGGGCUUCUGGAUUUUCUCUCGCAAUCCAACCUUCCCAACCGAUGAGGCUGUGGUGAAGCGUGUCGAUGAGCUGGUCAAGAAGCAUGCCGACGCGUCCAAGUUCGAGGGUACCAUCUUCGAACGGCCUUGCCGUACGGAUGUGUCGGCCCUGCAGGACUUCCAGGUGGAUAGGUAUCUCGGGCUGUGGUACGAUCUCGAGCACUACGAGGCAAGCUUCGAGCAAAACACGGAUUGCGUAACGGCCGAGUACAGCCGCUAUGCGGAUGGGUCCAUCCGCGUGUUCAAUUCCGCCGUCCGGCUCACGGACGGGUUGCUGUACGCGGUGGACGGAUUGGCGCUGUUGAGCUACCCGGAAGCGGAGGUGCUUGAGGCUAAGCUGAACGUAUCAUUCUACGGUGCACCGAACGAUGAAUCGAACUACUGGGUGUUGGAUACGGAUUACGAGCAGUACUCAAUUGUCUGGAGCUGUGAACCACUCGGACAGGACCGAUCGCUCGAAUACUAUUGGCUGCUUUCCCGCACUCCAUCCCUGCCGGCAGAUGAGGAGCUGAGGGAAAGAAUCGAAACGCUCAAGGAAGUGGCUGGAAUCGUAGAUGAUGAGCUCAUCGUUACGGAACACUUUGCCGAAGGGUAUGCGUUAAUUGAAACGGUGCUGGGAUUUGGUUUCAGCAGAUACCUUGGACAAUGGUACGAAUUGGAGCGAUACGAGCAAGACUACGAGCGGAACAUGGAGUGCGUAUCGAUCGUGUACCGCAGAGGACAACCAACCGACAUGACGAUGGAGGUUAAUUACCGUGGGUAUCUGCCUUACAAUGAAACCACCAGUACCUUCAGCGGUACCGGGGUGUUUAGCGAAGAACUAGUACAGGACAGUACCAACGUGACGACCACCAGCUCCACUACUACGGUUGGGAAGAUGAUCGCUUCCUUCGGUAAAGCUUACAAUGCAACCCACUACUGGGUGGUGGAUACGGAUUACGUCAACUACGCGAUCGUGUACUCCUGUGCGGCGUUUGCCGAGAUGAACCAGUCCGUGGAAGGCUACUGGUUACUGUCCCGCACACCCAAUCUGCCCAACAAUCCGCAAGUUCUCGAACGCGUUAAGUACCUCCGAUCGACGUACUUCGAGCUGGCCCACAUCCACGUUACUAACCACACGGAGGAGCUCCCGUGCCAGUUUGCCGGGAGUUGUGGUAGCGAUAAGGUGCGUUUGGGUUUUGUGUUCCGUUCCAUCAUCAUGCGGUUUGCAGCCGACGCCAGGGAGUUGUUUGUGGUGAUAGUAACACUCGGUUCGAUCGCACUGGGUCAACGGAUCGUCAAUCAACCGUGUCCAGAUUCGGCUAGUCGUCCGAUCGUACAGUAUUUCGAUCUACAGAGAUAUGUGAACGGGCGGUGGUAUGAGAUCUCACGCUACGAUCAACACUUUGAGAAGGAUUGCGACUGUGGUUAUGCCACGUACACACCCCAAGCAGAUGGAUCCGUGAAGGUACAGAACUGUUGCGAACGGUUGCCCAACACAACGGUCAAAUGUAGCAUCGGGAAGGCGGUCGUUAGCUUUCCGGACGAGUUCCCGCUGGAAGGAAAGUUUAACGUUACGUUUGGAGGACCACCGAAAACGUCAAACUAUUGGAUACUGGACACUGACUACGAUAACUACGCGUUGAUAUACUACUGUAAGAACCUUUCCGAAAGCAAGUCUGCCGAGGCGGCCUGGGUAUUGUCGAAGCAGCGUACGAUCAAUGCUUCAGUUCGGGACGUGGUCGACAAGCUGGUGGAUAAGUACUUCGCCCGACAGGAUAUGCGUGUGACGGAGCAAAGUCAGAGCAAUGAAAUGAUUGUUUCUCUAUGGAAGCUGCAAUGCAAAUCACGUUCCACUGAUAAGCCCGCACAGCGAGAAGAACUGAGCGCAUUAGACAAACAAAAUAACACAAAAAAGGGGGCGUUUGUCCUGUACGUUGCCGAAAACGAAAACCCAAACACUGCGUGCAUGAUGAAACUGAUCCCAUUUUGGAUGGUUACAAUGGCGUACCUUUGGUGUGCCAUUGGCGUGAGUCAUGGUAAGCUUCUAACGACGGCCUGCAUGCAGUUCGAAGAAGAUUACAACUUCAAAGAGGAUAAGUUUGUCGGAACAUGGUACGACGUACGGCGCUUAAACGAUCCGGCCGUUCCACAGCACGAGGAUUGUGUGGUGAUGAACUAUCGGCUGGGUGAAGCGGGUAGCUUCAGCAUACGCCAAUCGUACCAGAUCGGUGAUGAGAGCGAACCGAUGUAUCGGAGCGGUAAAGCGAUUCCGAAAGUUUUCCAGGACGCCCGCAUACCGAAAUUUUACGAGCGUUUCAACACGACCGACCCGGCCGAUCCGGACAUCUCGAUCGACAUAGUCGCGACGGACUACAGCAGUUACGCCGUCGUGUACUCUUGCACCUCGAUCAAUUCCACCCAUCAGAUCGAAUCUGCCUGGGUACUAUCGCGACAACCGGCGCUGGCGAAGAAUGUGGUCGAGCUGGUGAACCUCUUCCUCGAGACGCGCUUCAUCCGGAAGGAUCAUAAAUGGCGUGCCACGAUACAGACGGCCGAUUACUGCAAACCAACGCUCGUGGAAGAUUUGAUCACCCACAGUGCGGCCAGUUGCAUCCUGUGUAGCAUCCCGCUUGCCACCUUGCUCGGAGCUUUGCUGGUGAAAGUGUUUUACUAAUGCGUUUCUUUUGUUUGUGCGUGUUCAGAAUAUCCUUGAUGUAGCAUGCAUUCUCGCUCGCCCCAUCUCUAGGAGCACUGGGCAAGAAGGCGAAAGCAAUUGUAUGCUGAUGGUAGUGUCCGUUUAGUGUAAAAUCAACACGACAUUCGGUUGACUGAUUUGCGAAGUAAAUAGCGCCAUAAUCCGGCAUCAAUCUGCUGAGUGAA